AUGGCACAACGGGUGCUGGCCGAGUCGCCGGAGCUGCUCGCCGCCGUCGCACGCUUCGUGGCCAGCGCCGAUGAUCUGUCGGCGCUCCUGCGGCUCACAGCUCGCGCGCACCUACCCGCGCCACUGCAAAGCCUCGUCUUGCUCGCUCAGACAGUGCCCAUGGCCAGCCUGUGGCCGUCGGUGCGGUGUGCGGCGCUUGUGACACCCGCCGAAGUCGCGCUGGCGACCACAGUCGUCGGGUUCUUUGGCCACUUGCGGCUCGACGUGCAGCCGAGCGAUGCUCAGAGGUGUCUUGUAGACGUAUCGGAGGCCGUUGCCGUGGACUACGAGGUCGCGGCUUCGGAAGAGGCGCUCUGGCAAGGCGAUCGGAUCUCGACACUGACACUGCGGCUGGCCACUGGCAGCACACCUGCUCAUGUCAACACGGUGGCGCGCUGGAUUGCGACGGCACCUCGGCUUGUAUGCGUUUGUUUGAGCUUUGAGCACUGGACCGACAUGGCGUCGCUGCUCGUCCUCGCCGAGAGCAUCAACGCCAACCCUCGGAUCCGCACGAUUGCGCUUCGAGGGUGCUCGCUCACGGCGGUGCCCGACGCAAUGGUCAUGUCGCUUGCGCGCUGGGUGCACCGCGGGUACAUGACGGGCUUUAGCCUCGGCAACAUCCAGCCGCGCGUACCGUUCUUGGCGUCCUCCAUCGGCGGCGCCUUGCGUUCCCUCAAGCAGCUACGCACGCUCAACCUCGAGAACGAGAGUGCAAUCGCCGCCGCGUAUUUCGGCCACCCAACGCCACUACCGCUGCGGCGACUCUCGCUGCGAAGCAAGGCUGGGUUCCAAUCAUGGGGCAUCACGACGAGCCUCCUCAACGGCCACGUGGCGCUUCCGGACCUCCACACCCUCGAGGUCGGGUACGCAUGCCUCGAGCCCGCGAUGCUUUCAGCGCUGGCAACCGCAGUCCUGCGUCUCCCAGUCCUGGGUGAGCUCGUCCUCACGUGCACGGGGGCCAGAGACCCGAACUUGGCGGAGGCACUUGUCCGCGUCCUUCCGCGCUGCAAGCGCCUGCGCCGACUCGCACUGCGCAAUGUUUUAUUUGACGACGCGCGCUGGUGGCACGUGGCCGUCGCGUGUCCGUCUCUGCGCUACCUCUGUCUGCGGCACGCGCAAUUGGCCAAUGACGUCGCGGCGUCCUGGCGCCUCUGCUGUCCGCGCGUCCGCAUCUGCUGUGCCACUGCUGCUUGCGAUGUCCGGCGCUGCGAGAUUCCCGAUGUGCUGCCAACCACUGGAGCGAUGGAUCCCAUUGGCGUUGCCUUGUAA